CAACUGUGUUUUGGUGUAGAGAGAGAUGGCUGAGCGUGAGGCGCUAAAGAGAGAAAUAGAAGAGCUGCAGAACCUCAUUAAUGAUUAUAAGAACACAAAAGGCAAUGUUCCUUCAAGCUCUGACCAGUGGGAUCAAGCCAGAUGGGGUUCAAGAAGGGGUCGGAGUUAUGGCUCACUUGACACACGGUCAUAUUCAGCACUGCCACAGCCUCAUGUGCCUAGUGCUGCUGGCAGCUGGAGGAAAACAUACUCCCUUAGCAACAAGACAAACAGGGCGAUUGGGAGGUAUGUGUCUCACCCACCACAGUCUUAUCUGAACCAGCCUUCCCACCACUCUAGCACCACAUCUAGAGCUUCUGAAAAUAAUACAAGAUUGGUUGGUGGCAAGGAAACGAUUCUAGAUGAACAAACCAAGGUUAAAUCUACAGCAUCUUCACUAAAUGUCCAAAAUGCAACUUCACAGGUGAGGAACGUAGUACUCGCAGCCAGUGGAAAAAGGAAUGUGCUUAUGUCUGCAAUAGGAAAGACUGGUCAUGGCGAGUCACCUAAUAAUUAUAUGACAGACUCAAUUGCACCAUUAGAACAACAAAGUGAGUGUGAAAACAAGAUAAAACCCGAUUUGAAAUCACCUGAAGCUGUGACCAAUCCUUCUAUCCCUUCACCUCUCAAACAAAAGCCUGAAACUCAGUUACAGGUCAAACAAAGCCUUCCCUCCGCUGCCUUAUCCAAUAGGACUGUCAAAAUGCCAGCAGCCAAUAAAUAUUCUUCUCAAGCUUCUUCUGCCACUUACCUUCAAUUUCAGGCUUCCUCAAGCCCCACAAAGCUCCAGCUUAAACCAGACUCAACACAGACAGUUGUAGCCUCCUUAUGCCAUAAGAAAUCUAGGUUUACCUGGGUGAAAAACCAAGAAAUUCUAAACACAAACAUCAAACCUAAGCCAGAAGCUCGCCCCACAGAUACCUCUCUCUCCUCUGUCUCUUCAUCCUCUCUUUGGGCAGCCACUGCCAGAAGAGUCUCUGGCUCAAGCAAAAGGAUAUCUCGCAAGCCUAGUAUUUCCCUCGGAGCUCAUAAGACCUCAAAGUACAACUGGGUAUCUUCAUCUUGCUCCUCAUCCACAGCUGGGAAAUCAGGCACUUCAACCAAACCUCUACGCAAGCCCCUUUCACCCAAAUCUCUUCAGAUGCCUUUAAGAACAGAUCAAGGUGGACUUGAGGGACCCAAAAAACUGAGAUAUCCCACUACUUCAAUGACUGUAACAAAAAAGUCUAGAACUGGAGGUGCCUCCAUAUCCCAUGAUGGCCAUGUCAGCCGCUGUCGCUGGAAGGCAGCUGGACAAAAUGCUACAGUAACCGCAUCUAGCUCAACUCCUAGAUCUACCCAUAAGGGCACUGUGUAUCAGUGGACUGCUUACAAGAAUGGUCAAAAGGGGGAGAAAGGAUCUGCCUGGUCCUGCAGGUCGGUCCACCUUAGUGCUCCCUCUACUGCUUUUUCAACUGGUGCCUUCAAGCUUCAGAGCCGAACCAAGAUUAUCAGAAGAUCCACUAACAGUACUCCCUCUGUAGAGAGAAGAUACAACCCUUUUGUGCAGACUUUAAGGAGUCCGUAUUCACUGCGGAGACGGACACCCACUCAGGAGAAGACUCCAACCAGUGCCAGACGAGCUCCGUCCAAAGUGCUGGUCUCAUUUGGCAGACACAAGCUCCGCCGCCUCUCUCUGUCAGCUGCCCCACUGGGGACCCCAAAAUCAGGCCCCCCCUCUCCGUCACUGCGAAGCCUGGCAUCACACAGGGUCAUCAAAACACGCUACAAGAUCGACACGCGUAGAGCCCAUGCAAUCCACCACAACCCUUCUCUUUCCUACAGGGUUAAGAGAGUCCAGUCAGCUAGAAUCCUCCUACAGAAUCGCCUAAGGACGAACUCAGAAAGGCACUGGAGGGGGCGGAGCAUGAGGUGGAUAGGCGGAGCGCUAUACAGAGUCUCAGCCAAUAAGCUCUCUCGCACUCAUACCACCUGCUCACCUAAUAGUAGAUCAGGAGAAUGGUAUAGUCCGGAUGUUUCCUCUACUAGUAGUCUGGGAAAAACGUCUGCCACACGUUACGUAGCCAGUCGUGCUGUACAGAGGAGUAUAGCUAUAAUCCGACAGGCCCGACAGAAGAAACAGACGGCCAAGCAGUACUGCAUGUACUAUAACCGGUUCGGCAAGUGUAACCAUGGCGAUGCCUGCCCCUACAUCCAUGAUCCUGAUAAGGUGGCCAUCUGCACCAGGUUUCUCCGAGGCACAUGUAAACAGACAGAUGGAACCUGCUCUUUCUCUCAUAAAGUAGUUAAAGAGAAGAUGCCUGUGUGCUCGUACUUCCUGAAGGGGAUCUGUAAUAACAGUAGCUGUCCCUACAGCCACGUCUAUGUGUCUCGCAAAGCCGCUGUGUGCAAAGACUUUGUCCGAGGAUAUUGUCCUCAGGGAGAUAAGCUUUGGAUGAUUAAAGCUAGACAAUGGAUGUUAUCAGUCAAACAAGGAACAAAUGGGUGUUUAAAAAAGAAAGGUCCCAAAUGCUCUUCUGAAAUGGGGUGGAAUUGGAAUCGACUGAAUUCAAGUGGCGAGGGAUUCAGCAAAUUGGACCAAUUAGCCAUGAGUGUGUGUAAGAAGAAACACACUCUGGUAUGUCCAGAAUUCUCCACUACAGGCGUCUGUCCACGUGGAUCCAAUUGUAAGCUGCACCACAGACAGAGUGUGAAACGCACUGGCUCUAACACAAGCUCUGGACCAGCCAAGAGGGCCCGCACCAGAGACAUUUUAAAAAGAUCAGAGGAAGGGAAUAGUCUGCCUGCAGAGUCCAAACAAGCAUAUGAGGGCUCAUCCAGCUCGGGUCCUGAGAAGCUGCUAUCCUACAUCUCUUUGUCCAGCUCUCCUGACAUAGCAGAGAUCUCUGAAGCCCCCGAGUUCCCUUCCACAACAGGCCCACAGGCCAAAGGAAAGACACUACACAUCAAGCCACGCUUCUAACGCUUAUUCAUGACACAAACAGAGCACUUGCUGAAGGAAGAGAACUGUCAACUAUGGUGGGUUUUUUUAAUCGGUAAUAAACAGGGUUGGGAGGGUUACUUUUGAAAUGUAUUCCACUACAGAUUACAGAAUACAUGCUGUAAAAUGUAAUUUGUAAUGUAUUCCGUUUGAUUACUCAAGGUCAGUAACAUAUUCUAAAUACUUUGGAUUACUUCUUCAGCACUAGUAGAUUUUUUCACUUGUUUUGACUAUAAAAACUCUGCCAGUACAGUAAGACAAAAUACACGUUAAAAAUACAUUCUCUGAAAAACCUAAAUAUCUUAUGCAGUGUUGUUUCUAAAGCAAGAUUAAUCAAAUUGAUCUUGUUUUAAGGAUUUUUAGAUAUUUUUACAGGAAAACAAUACAAAAAUUAUUAUUAAGAAUAUGAUUUUUGCCCUAAUAUCAAAGGUCUUACUAGAAAAAAGAAAUUAUGAUCCAAUGUGAAUCUUCUUGAUGACAAAAUAUGAUUGUGGCUGGUAACAUGUGCAUGUAAAAUUGUUGGAAAUAGCAUUUUAGCUUAGCGUAAAGCUGACAAUUUACACAAGGUUUAUUUCUAUUUCUUCUGCUUCAAACUUACUUCAAACUUACUUCUCUGUCUGCUCGUAUGAAUGUAACACAUCAUAAGAAAGUGUUUCACCGCUGUUCAAAUGCACUUUGGAUCACAUCAUUUAUAUGUAUAGAUGUUUCCAUCUGAAAGGACUAAAUAUUAAAUGAAACAAAUGACAAUAAAAUGCAAAGUAAUCUCUUCAGUAAUCAAAAUACUUUUUGAAUGUAACUGUAUUCUAAUUACCAAUGAUUUAAAUUGUAACUGUAGUGGAAUACAGUUACUUAUGUUUUGUAUUUUAAAUACAUAUUACCGUUACAUGUAUUUACGUAUUUCGUUACUCCCCAACCCUGGUAAUAAACCAUGAAACAUGUUUAUGUCCUUUUUUAGACCUUCUGGACCUUUAAAGAAAUUACAAAGGCAUGUUUAUAUUAGAUGUACACAGAGAGUAAAACAUUUAGAUUAUUAGGCUGUGUCACAUGUAUAUUUUCAAGAACUCCGAGUUGCAAAUUUCUCAGAAUAUUUCUUUAAUGCUACAAAACUGGAACGGAUCCCUGUUUGAUGAAAUACUCGUUCAUCACAAAAAAAAUACAUUUGCAUUUAUGAGUUCAUGACUUAUUUUCAAAGUGUAAAGUAAUUCUCAGGGAUUUUUAAAACUGCGUUUCUUUAGUGAUUAAUAAUGUAAAGAAAUGAUUUUAUUGCAUAGAAUGUAAG